AAUAAAAAGCCACCCUCACUUCAUUCAUUCAUUCUCUCAUAAUUUCUGUUACAAAUCAAACAAUCAUAACCGUUUCACAGUUAUCGUCUCACCUGCAAUAACACUCAUUGUUAGGAAACAAGAUUUAGUGAAAUGGAUCCAGAACCAAACAGAAACAGUGACAAUGAAGAGAAAAAAGAUCCAAAAAAUACUGAAGCUAUGAAGGAAAAAGCAAAGGGUAAGAGGCCCAUGACUCGAUCAAGUAGCAAACAAAUCAAAAUGGAUAGUGAAACGGCGUCAAAUCUGGAACUGAUAACUCAGAAGGCCCGAGGAAUUGUGAUUGAUGAAGCUAAAGUAGUAAAAAGCAAAGGAAAUGUGUCUGCUGCAAAGAGCUCUUACUAUCUGAGAUCGGGUCGAAAAGGGAUGGAUAUAGAUGGUAAAACACCAAAGGCAAAGGCAGCGGCUGGGAAAAAGCGCAAAGGGGGAGGGGUGAAAAGGUUGCAAAGCCCGGAAACUGAUACUGAAGAAGCGUGCAAAAGAAUUAAAAGGAAAAGAGAUCGUGAUGAUGACACAGAUGAUAUGGAUGCAACUCCAGCGCGCAUGACUCGGUCUAGUAGUAAACUGAGGAGGGUAAAUUCCCUUUAGAGGUAUUGUUGAUUCUUUGCUUUUGGAUGUGAAUCAUGUUGAAGAAAAGUUUGAAACACUAUAUGUUGUAAUCCUGUGUACAUGUGCAUAUUCAACUUUGUUGAAUAGUUUUGGUUAGCAAAUGUUGUGGUUUGUAUAUCUGAAUCAUGUUGAAUAAAAGUUUGAAACACUAUGGGUCUUAAUCCAUGAUUUUUGUAA